UUGGUUUAUCGGUCAAUGGGUCGCCGCCAAGGUUAGGCUCCAGUUAUACAUUUUAUCCGCGUGCUGGCGACAGAGCUAGUUCGUCGUAGGUAGCGCUGACUCUCUCUCGAAAGAUGCCUUGGGAUCUCCAGGCGUUCUGAGGAUUAUACGGCUGAGGAUGCCACCACCUAAAGAAGGCCCAUCGACCAUGGCCAACCACUACAUUAUAUCAGAGGAGCCACCCGAAUUCCUUUACAAUGGUUACCUUACAGAAAUAUCAGUGGACCAUUUCAGUGCCGGAGCUUCCCGCAACAAUAAUAAAGCCCUCUUGAAAUUUGAAACACAGGCCAGGGAGAGCUGCCGACCACCACAGACAAGUGCUGGGGAGUGCCACUGUCGUUGUCGGGUGCCGCAUUCCUGGUGAGCAUGCCUUGGUCGUGGUUUGGGCUCCUGCUCGUGUUUUUUGUGGAGAAGUUCGGCAUAACCAGGGAAGAGGCGUCCUGGCCGAAAAGUGUCGCCACUACAAUAACGAACAUCUCAGGUCUGGGCGUCUAUGGAUUUCAGCGGUACAUCAACACAUACCACGUCGUGCUUCUUAGCACCAUACUAACAUCAGUGGCCUUUAUCAGCGCAGCCUUUGCCCCAAAUAUGAUUUGGAUGACCGUUACCGUUGGAGCGUUGCACGGUUUCGGACACGGAAUAUUCCUGACGGCAUCCGUCAUAUACACCCUCCAACAUUUCGACAAAUACCGCUCUGUCGCAACGUCUUUCAUCUUUAUCUCAUACGGCCUGUCGGCCAUUGUGAGCCAGUUCGUACUCUCGGGGCUCGUGGAUGCGUACGCCCUCGAAGGAGCACUUCUCGUCUUUGGAGCAAUGGUUUUAAACUCAACGGCAUUAGUCAUGCUGGCGAAAACCCCUUAUCCUAUGCGACUGGGUUGGACACGGAGUACAGUGCACCUUCUGCAGAAUGGCGUCCACAAACCCGGGCAUUAUGGUUCUACCGGUAAUGACAACUCCACCCGCCCAAUCAGAAUUCAAGAAAAGCUAAGACCACAACCGACGACAAAUUUGAGGCUUGAAGAGAGCGCCUCACUGAAAGACGUGAUGACGAUCUUCACCAAGCCUUCCUUCUACGUUCUCCUCGUAGCAGUAAUCGUAGGGGACUUCACCACGGUCGAAGUCCUCACAACCAUCGUGGAUUACGGUCUAGACAAAGGCAUAGCAGUUGAGAGCGCCAAGCACAUGAUAACGCUGUCCGCAGUAGGUCAGGUGGCGGGCCGCACCGUGGCGCCUUUGGUAGCAGACUGCAUGCCCUGGACCCGCCAUCCUUUGUACUCUAUCAGCUUCGUGGUAGUUUGCGUGUGCCUCAUCGCAAUUCCUCAUGUGUCCAGCUUUGCGGCCUUCGUAUCACUUUCGUUGCUAGUAGGAGUGUCUCAAGGUUACAUUUUGUGCAUCAGGUAUGUGCUCACCGCGGAAUUUGUGGGUGUCCAACGGACGGCGGCUUGCAGCGGCAUCAUAGGAAUCGUCAUGGUGCCUGCGUACCUGGUCAGCCCGAAGUUAGUAGGUAUCUUUCGUGACGCAAGUGGUUCCUAUGACAACUAUUACCGGAUGCUGGGCGCCCUCUGCUUAGCGGCCGCUGUUCUCUUCGCAACGUACGAUGCCUGCAGCCGGGUUCCCACCGAGCGUACAAAACCGGCCAAGGACGAAGGUGGCCUGCGGUAUAAUUGAUAAACUUAAAUAUUGAUUUCUUCAUUUGA